GAAUCUAUAUUAAACAAUCAAACAAUCAAAUUCACGCAUAUCGUACCAUCCAACCUUUCCACGAGUUUCUUCUCUCGACUUUGUAGGAUUAGCCCCACCUCCACACCCCACCAUCCCACCUUCUCAUCAUUUAUCUAAUAAGUUACUUAUUAACCCCGCUCUCCAAGAGGAAAGAAAGAAGGAAAGAAAGAAACACUUCAUAUUAAACAAAACACCACCUCUCUCCAUCUCUCCCAUCCAAACAAUUUUCAUCCCGUUCCUCAAAACUCCAUACCCAAGAAACUCGCAAUAAUCAUGGCUUCCCCAACCCUCAAACUCAAUUCCGGCCAUGAAAUGCCACAAGUCGGUUUCGGCUUGUGGAAAGUCGACAAUGCCACUUGCGCCGACACAGUCUACAAUGCCAUCAAAACCGGAUAUCGACUAUUCGACGGAGCAUGCGACUACGGCAACGAAGUCGAGGCCGGACAAGGAGUCGCCCGCGCCAUCAAAGAAGGCAUCGUCAAACGCGAAGACCUCUUCAUCGUCUCCAAACUCUGGAAUUCCUUCCACGACGGCGACCGCGUGGGACCCAUCACCCGCAAACAGCUCGCAGACUGGGGUAUUGAUUAUUUCGAUUUGUUUAUUGUGCAUUUCCCCGUGGCGCUGCGCUAUGUAGAUCCAUCUGUGCGUUAUCCACCCGGAUGGCAGUACAGCGACAAGGAAGGCGAUGUGCAACAAUCCAAAGCCAGUAUUCAGGAGACCUGGCAGGCGAUGGAGAAAUUGGUCGAUGAGGGUUUGACGAAGAGUAUCGGAGUGAGCAAUUUCCAAGGAGCCUUGUUGAUGGAUUUGUUGAGAUAUGCGAGAAUUCGACCGGCGACGUUGCAGAUUGAACAUCAUCCAUAUUUGGUGCAGAGUACUUUGUUGAAGUUGGCCGAGAGUGAGGGAAUCAAGGUUACUGCUUACUCAUCGUUCGGUCCGCAAUCAUUCAUCGAGCUUGGAUGGGACCACGCUCAAAAGACUCCACCUCUUUUCGAGCACCCAGAUAUCUUGAAGAUUGCUGAGAAGACCAAGAAGACUCCUGCUCAAGUUUUAUUACGCUGGGCAACCCAACGUGGUCUCGCCGUCAUCCCCAAAUCCAACAACCAAUCCCGUCUGGAACAAAACUUGCAUGUUACCGAUUUUGAUCUAGAGAAGGAAGAUUUGGAUUCCAUUACUAAAUUAGACCGAAAUUUGAGAUUCAACAACCCUACUGAUUAUCUCGGAACAUUACAUAUCUUCGCAUAAGCAUGAAAAAGAUGAUAAAGGUUGUUGUGACAAAAUUUGCUGCGCUUUUGACCGCUUCAUUUCUUGCGAGAAUAUCUAGAUAUUUGAAGCGUUGAACAAAAGCAAUCGUUCCACCCGUGAAA